AGUUUUAUAGUAAAUUAUGAUGCUGAAAGAAUAUUAUAAAUUACAAAAACUCCCGAAAAUCAGUAGGGGGUGAUUGAUUGAAGGCGAGGUAGGGAUGGAAGGCGAGUCAACUCUGGUGAUGGUAGCAGUGAGUGAGUCGACGAUCAACGGUUAUCCACAUGCUUCCAUUAGCAGUAAAGGAGCAUUCGAGUGGACUCUUAACAAGAUCGUUCGUUCCAACACUUCUGGUUUCAAACUCCUUUUCCUUCAUGUCCAAGUUCCCGAUGAAGAUGGUUUUGAAGAUAUGGAUAGCAUAUUUGCAUCACCUGAGGAUUUCAAGGGCAUGAAAAACAGGGACAAGAUUAGAGGACUCCAUCUGCUGGAGUACUUUGUUAACCGCUGUCAUGAAAUUGGGGUUCCUUGUGAAGCAUGGACAAAGAAAGGUGAUCCCAAGGAAAUCAUCUGCCACGAAGUCAAACGUGUACAACCAGAUCUUCUUGUGGUUGGUUGCCGUGGUCUUGGUCCUUUUCAGAGGGUUUUCGUGGGAACUGUAAGCGAGUUCUGUGUCAAGCAUGCUGAAUGUCCUGUUGUUACAAUUAAGCGCAGUGCAGCUGAGACUCCUCAGGACCCCAUAGAUGAUUAAUUCAUUUGGUGUAUUUGACCGCUUCAUGUUCAACGAUGCAUGCAUAUUAGAUGUCUACUUGUCACAGCGUGAAAAGAUUGUGGGGAUUUUCAUUUUGGUGCUGUUUCUGUAGCCUAUAUCUGUCUGCCUUCUUGUGGAAUUCGUGAUUGCACAUGAUUGUUGUGUACAUGUGUAUGAGCUUUGAGUGCUCCUCAUUACGCUUGGUGUGGUUUGUAUAUAUUUCUCCUUUUUCUGAUGAA